AUGGAAUUAAACCUUCCAGUCGAUCUAUACCGAUGCAUUGUAGAGCACUACUCCCAGGAGGAUCGCGGGACGCUUCUCUCCUUGAUGCUCACAUCGCGUGCAUUCAACUAUGAAGCAGAGCGUAUCCUGUAUCGAUCGUUCAACAACUUCUGCAAUAUCACCACACAAAAGCUCUUUCUCAACCGCGUAAUUUCGUGUCCACGCGUCGCCAAAUUCGUCCGGAGCUACAAGCUCUUCAUCACCUUCACUAUCGAAUCAUUAUCGGAAUUUCUGACGCUUUUACAUACCGCUUUUCUUGCAUUUGACGAGCUCAAGUACCUCGGGUUUCGAACCCUGGGAGGCUCGUCCGCUGCACAGAUCCUCGCAGGGUGCACGUUCCAGCUCGAGGAGCUUGACUGGGAUUGCUCUUGCGAUGAAGACCUUAUCAAAUUUCUGUCGACACAGAAAUCACUCAAGUCAUUUGUGAGCUGCUGGGAUCCCUUCCCGUAUUCCUCCACCACGUUCCUUCCUGGGCGGAAGAUUACGAAUCUGGACUGGAUACCAGACCUUGAUGAUCCGGAACCAGACCCUGCCCUUCUUGCUGAUUCUCUGGCCAAUGUCCGUACGAUGACGUUUGGAGGUUACUUCAUGCGUCCAAAUCUGUCCACCAUAGCUCAGUAUCUCAGUCAAGUCAGAAACUUGGAGUUGAGGGGGGUGCAGGCAGACGACUUGGACUGUGUCCAUCUCAUGCCCAAUUUAGAGGUGUUUAAGAUUUCUAUGCGGCCCGUUCUUGGAUUAUCGAUCCUCCGGAGUGACCACAACGCCGUAGUCAUCAAACUGUUCAGCGGGUGUGCCAAAUUAGAGGUCAUCACCAUCGCUUCUAGAAAGCACGACUUCUGGACGCAAGAUUACAGGAAGUGGACCCGGAAGGACUUUACGGCUCAUAACGGGGAGGGGACCAUUCCGUGGACGGAUAUCCCGUAUGUUCGUCCUCAGGCUGUUUCACGAGUCACUAUUGUGGAGGCUACGACGUAUGAUCCAAGCCCCAGCUCAUGA